AUGGCGUUAUCGGAGCCGGAGCGCGGCGCAUUCGAGGGCAAGUUCGGCCUUGAGCAGGACGAGAUGGAUUUUGGUACACACGAUCAUGCAUUACAAAAUGUUCACCACCCCAAAGACUCAUCACUGAACUCCUCCACCUCCUUGAACACCUCAGCUCACGACGCAAACGCGCAAAUAAGUGCGCACGACUUUACAUCAUCUAUGACCAAUGGUAUUGAUCACGCAGAUAUUCACUUGAAUGACACUCAGGCAUCCCUUGAGCCAAGCUCAAGUCUUCCGAAUUCUGGCGAGACUGGGGACAGCCUACUAUUCUCAUCGAGUCAGUCUGCGCCCGAUGAUAUUGUCGAUCACUCUUCAAUAAAGCUAGACGCCACCCCAGUUGAAACUUCAUCAGCGCUUGUUCAGCAGCCAACUUCUGAUCUUCGUGAAGAAACUCAGCCUGUAAGUCAGGAGCAGACCGCCGAGAUCAAGGAGCAAAAAUUGCAGCAACAUCUCAUCAAUGAUCCCGAUUUAGCCAACGGAUUGGUUGCCGGCGCAUCGGAUCCGAUCCCAGUGAAUUCAGAGCUACCACCACAGACAGACUCUACUGCGGCCUUAAUCUUUCAACAGCCUCAGAUGAGUGCCACAAUGUCUCCGGAGCCUGCAGUAGCUCCAUCGCUCAGCGAGGACAACGCUUCUGCUCUGCAGCCUUCAAAAGAGUUUGCCUCAAUACCUACUACAAACCUCCCGCACCAUCCACCAGUCCCUGUACCCGAAGGUGCAUCAACUGAGGCACCCAUAGAUCCGGCGCCGUCGCCGGCUCUUCCAGCAGAGAAGUCAUCACCAGUGACGGAGACAGAGAGUCAGUCAAAGGACCAGGUCAUGCAGGACGUGCCAUCUUCUCCCGCGAAAGUGGCCAGGGAGCGGGAAGGCGAUGACCUAGAAGAUGGACCAGCGGCGAAGCGCUCAAAGACUGAACAGGAUGCUACCGCGGAUUUCAAGGUUCCUGAGCGGCCAGCGAUCAAUACGCAGGUCAAUGGCACGCAUACAGAUGCGCCCCAAACAUCAGCACCUCCAAUGACCCAACUCCAGCACAAGCACUGUAUGAGGACUAUCCAAAACGUCAAGCGUAUUCAGUCAUCUACCGCCUUCAGACAGCCGGUCGACUAUUUGGUAUUGAACAUCCCAAGCUACCCAAAUAUCAUCAGAAAACCUAUGGAUUUGAGAACCCUGGAAGAGAAUCUGAAGGAAAACAAGUAUGCUACGGUUGACGCGUUCACAGCGGAUUUCAAUCAGAUAGUACAGAACUGCGAGGCCUUCAAUGGCCGUGAGAGCACUUUCACGAAGUUCGCGAAUGAGAUGAAAGCCUCCUUCGACAAGAACAUGUCAAAAAUACCGGGACCUGAUGUCGUGGAGCCAAGUCCGGCCGACAGAAAGAAGAAGGCAAUUAUACCGCCAGCAGCCAAGGUGGCACCGCCUCGACGAGAAUCACGAUCUUCGUUGCCGGGCCCUGCACGAUCACCUGUAUCGACAGGCUCUCCGCAAACAUUCGCUUUGAAUCCUCAAGGCGUACCUCUGAUUCGUCGCGAUUCAACUUUCGGAGACGGUCGACCAAAGCGAGAGAUCCAUCCACCUGCACCACGGGAUCUACCCUACGCAAACCAGAAGCCAAAAAAGAAGAAGUACCAAUGGGAGUUGAAGUUCUGUGAAAAGGUUUUGACCGAGCUUUCGAAGCCGAAGUACAAUCACCUCUCAUGGCCUUUCAUGACUGCAGUCGACCCCGUUGCCCUGAACAUCCCAACCUAUCAUAGCAUCAUCAAGAAGCCCAUGGAUUUUGGUAGUAUGAAGUUGAAGCUGGAUCAGGGCGAGUAUGAAAAUGCCAAGGAGUUCGAGGCCGACGCUCGUCAGGUGUUCCAAAACUGCUAUCGCUUCAACCCCCAAAGUGACCCUAUCAACCAUACCGGGCAUCAAUUCGAAGCCGUAUUCGAUAGUGAAUGGGCCAAGAAGCGGGACUGGAUUGAGGCGAAUACGCCCGGCUCUGGUCCUCAAUCCGCUGGUAGCUCUGAGCCCGAAGACAGCGAUGAAGAAGAGGAGGAGGAGGAUGAAGAGGAGGAAGAGCAGACUCAGCUUUCGAAACUACAGCAGCAAAUUGCCGCGAUGUCGAGGCAGGUCGAGUUAAUCACACAAAAAAAGAAGUCACCUCCAGUGUCUAGCAAGAAGGCCACAAAAGGAGCCAAGCCUGUCCGCAAAGACACGAAAAAAACUGCUGCGCCCGCCAGAGCGGAGAAAAAAGCGGUUUCAAAGCCAGCCAAAAAGGAGAAGACGCCAUAUGUAACCUAUGAGCAGAAGCAAGAUAUUUCGAAUCGCAUCAACAGCUUGUCCGAAACCAAAAUGGCGACUGCGCUCAGGAUCAUCCGGGACAACAUGCCAAAUCUACAGGGCGUGCAGGACGAUGAACUUGAGCUUGACAUUGACGAGCUAUCCGACGAAGUUCUCCACAAACUUCUUGUCUUUGUACGAAAGCAUGCACCCCGUUCCGACGACGCUCCCGCUCGACCGGCUCCGGCAGCAUCUAGCGCAGCACCGACACGGAAAAAGAACAAGCCCAUGAGCAAGACUGAGCAAGAAGCUAGGAUUGCACAAGUCCAGAGCGGUCUGUCUGCAUUCCAGAAGGGAGGCUCUGCUCCCGGCUAUGACGACCCAGUGGCAGGUCAGGAGAGCAGUGGAGAAGACGAGAGCUCCGAGAGUGAAGAAGAGUGA